GGUGAGGGGGUGAGGGGUGAGGGGUUUAAAAAAAAAUGGCGUACGGGAGCUGCGUGUACAGGGGCUGCCGACAGCUGUUGGGGUUCGGGCUGCGGGGACACAGGUUAUCCUUGUAUACUGAACAGAGAUGUGGGUUUAGGAGAGCACCUAAGAAGAAUGAACCACGGAAAAAGGAGAUAGAAGAAAUAUCAUGUAAAGACUCGCCCAUGGUUGGGAAUCGAACAACUAAGAGCAGUUUAUCCCCCCCACUAGAAGAGCCCAUCUUAUCCAAAUCAUCAGCACGAUCAUUUAGAAAGCUCUUCAAGCCUUUUCUGUUCACCGUAGGGUUCACAGGGUCUACGUUUGGGGCUGCAGCAAUCUGGCAGUAUGAAUCCCUUAAAUCCAGAGUUCAAAGCUACUAUGAUGACCUGCAGAUUGAUUGGUUUGAAAAACAUCGCCCACCGAAAGCAGGAGAUGUCAGGAAGCAGAACUCUGCAGAAUACUGGCAUAGAUGGUGGGGUGAGCUAUCAGAUAUCCAAAAACAGGCAAUUGUUGUUCUGUUUCAGGUGAACCAGUGGUGGAACAGUUUGACUGAUGGCCAAAGGAGCGUUACAGGGAUUAUAGCAGCCAAUGUUUUGGUGUUUUGUUUAUGGAGAAUACCUUCAAUGCAGCGAAUCAUGAUGAAAUACUUCACUUCCAAUCCUGCUUCCAAGACUUUGUGUUUACCGAUGAUCCUGUCAACGUUCAGCCACUUUUCUCUCUUUCACAUGGGUGCAAACAUGUACGUACUCUGGAGUUUCUCCUCCAGCAUUGUUUCACUACUUGGGCAGGAACAAUUCAUGGCUGUCUACUUUUCAGCAGGCGUUAUCUCUACGUUUGUCAGCUAUGUCUGCAAAACUGCCUCGGGGAGGUUUGGACCCUCACUUGGAGCUUCAGGGGCGAUAAUGAGUGUCCUAGCUGCAGUGUGCACCAAGAUGCCUGAAGCAAAACUAGCCAUUAUUUUUCUGCCCAUGUUCACUUUCACAGCAGGCAGCGCCCUGAAAGCAAUUGUUGCCUUGGAUACAACAGGCCUGAUUCUGGGCUGGAAGUUUUUCGACCAUGCUGCUCAUUUGGGUGGUGCGCUCUUUGGAAUAUGGUACAUUGUGUACGGCCAUGAAAUGAUUUGGAAAAACAGAGAGCCCCUUGUGAAGGUGUGGCAUGAAAUGAGGACUAAGAGUCGUGGGAGUGGUGGUAAUGGCCCUGCCUAGGCGAGACAUUGAACUUUCCUAUUUUUUAAAAUCCUGUAUGAUUUUGGAAGUGGCACAGGAGAAAGCACCACUCGACCGUGGCAAGCAGUAAAGCCAGGCCCCCAAAUGACUCGGGUGCUUGAAGCAAGUGGCGCGGCGUCUUGUGCAGGAAUCCCAAAGUGCGUAACAACCUCUUGUAUCAUUUGACCGCGUGUGUAUUUAAAAUACUAAAAGGAUUUAGUGAGAGAAAAUGAUGAAUAUUUUGAAAAGAUUUCUGCAAGAAUUUACCAAGAAAUGGGACUUGACAAAAAAAUAAAAUUGAGUUCAUUGUUUUAAAAACAAACUGCAAUUGAGAAGAAAACAAACUGAUCUUUGAGAACAAGAUUAAUUUCCGUUUCUGGUUUUGCCCUCUAGCCUUGUUAGCACAAUAGCCCUUUGUAAAAGGUUACAGUAACACACAGUUAUUGGGGAUGACCAACAAAGAACCAAAGCAACCAUUUUGAAAAAGUUCUGAACAACGGGAUUGGUAUUUUGCUAGACAGGUACUCACCUUUCACAGAUCUUGGAUAUUACUAGGUUUAAUCAUUCUGUUUUAAUAAUCCAUCGUCACUGUCUUAAAUCGAGACCAAGACUAUAGCUGAUAGUCAUGGCUAAUUCCCACAUAACCAGACUGGAGUCUGGACUGUGGUAAUGCUUUUAUACAAUAACAGCAGGGAAGCAAUAACUCAGUGUGGCAUGAUGGGGGGAAAAAAAUGGUUAGUACUCCGUGGCAGUGUGUUGGUGCUCCAUUGCUCUACACACCUUUCAUAUUGCACUUUAAACAGAAAUGUUAGCUCUGGUGGAUCACGAUAUCUGAUUUAAAAAAAAACACUGUUCAUUACUCAAUUUAUGUGAAUGUCAUAGCUGUAGGUAAUGAUGUAUGUGAGCUCUAAUUACUUUUAUAAUUUCAACACUUGUCUCACUAAAGAUCUCAAUGAAAGUAA